AGGGGAAAACAUGAUAAGGUUGAGCCCAGAUAUAUCAGAUAGGUUUAGCAAUUAAGCUAGGUUGCAAUUAUGGUGAAAGAUGGAAUUCUAUAUUCCCCAAAGAAUAAGAGGUAACACUUUUACACCUUCUUUAUAGGCUCAAGCUACUCUGAUAUUCCUAAAAGAGUAAAAGAAAUUAGGACUAAGAUAAACAAUCCUCAAGUAGCUAGUCCAUGUAAUACUAAAUAGGACUACGACAAACAAUCAUACCUAGUAAAGAGACUAUGACAGGGUAUAGUACAACAAUCAUUUACUCCAUACCAAAUAUGAAUUUCUAGUACAUUGGUUUGGGCCUAUGCCUUUGGUAAACCCAUAACCCAUCAUCCUCUUCCCUUGAGGAAAUGCCUUGUCCUCUAGCCUCAAAUCUGGAGAAUUCAUCUUCAAUAAGCUCUAUAGAAUUCUUCUUCCUGAAGCAAAUUGACCAACUUAAUUAGUGCUUCAAACGUCUUAGUAUUGGCAGGGCCUGCAACCGACCUGUAGUGUAUCAGCUGGGAAGGCCUUGAAUCCUUCAUUCAACUCCCCCAUCAUUGCAAGGAGGUAGGUUUUGUGAUGAUCAUGAAUUUGACAAACCAAAUGAUGAGCAAGCUUUGAAACUAAUGAACUCUUGUGCGGUUGCAUUGGUGGAGGAAUUUAAAGAUAUAGUCUUUUCGUACGGGGUUAGCGACGAGUACAGCUUUGUUUUGAAGAAAGACUCCAUUCUCUAUGAAAGGCGUGCUAGUGAAAUAGUCUCUGCCAUUGUCUCUCUCUUCUCUUCCGUAUACAUCAUGCGGUGGAAGGAUAUUUUUCCCCAAAAAGAUUUAAGAUACCCACCAUACUUUGAUGGGCGUGCUGUUUGCUACCCGUCCUCUAAAAUCCUUCAAGAUUAUUUGGCUUGGAGGCAAGUUGACUGUCACAUUAACAAUCAGUACAACACAUGUUUUUGGACACUUGUCAAGUCCGGCAAGAGCGAAAUUGAGGCCCAAAAGCAACUUAAGGGUACGCAAACUCAGGAAAAAAAUGAUCUGCUCUCCAGAUAUGGCAUUGAUUAUCACAGUUUACCACUAAUUUUCCGUCAGGGGUCUUCUGUCUUCUGGGACGUGGAGGGAUUAAAAGCAGCAUGUAGUCCCAACGGUGCAAUAGAAGAAUGUCAUAAGAAAGUUGUGGUUGAACAUUGUAAUAUAAUCGAACCAAAUUUUUGGAAAGAUCAUCCAACGAUACUUGAGGAGGAUGCGAGUGACAAAGAAGGCUCUACAAAAUGAAAGGAAAACAUCCUACAUUCGGCUGUCUAAACGCCGAGGUGUAUAAUUGGUGUUCCCAAACCCUUCGUAGACCGGGUGUGGCACAACUUUUCUUGAAAUGCAGAAAGCAUCCAAAGAAUCAAAUCAACAUUCCAUGGCCAGGAAAAACAUGAACUCAAGAAAUGUUCACAAUCUGUGGAAUGGCACAAGAGUGCAAAGGGUAACAUGAUUUAUCUUGCACCAAAGACACAUAUACCCCAGACUUGACUCCAUUGUAGUUUGUUGUCUCAUCACAACUUAAUGUAUGGGCCAUUAAGUUGAUUGAUGAUAACAGUUCACCAUAAAAUCGUUUGGAAACGAGGAAAUUAACCUUUGGAAAAUGAGUUGUUUUCCUCAAGUUAUUUUCCAUUUUCUGUUGUUUGGUUUGAAGUCUGAUCGAGGAGAACCUGUUUCUGUUGGCUCAUUUUCCGGAAAAGAAAUAUCCUCACAUCACAACUGAAAUUCAUAUUUGCAUAAUACACAUUUCUUGUGCACAUUUAGCAAAUUCUCUAAUAGGGGAAUGAUUUUGCAAUA